AGUAUGAGAAAUGGUUUUUUAGUAGAAAUGACGAUAUUAUGAGAAUGACCGCUAGCCGUUCGAAAAUAUACUCAUUUAUAUUUUCUUUCAUUUGAAUUAUGAGAAAUGCAACAAAAAAUACUUGAUUUGAUUCCAAACAGUGAUAUUUUGUUGUUAAAACUAUUGAGUAUAAUUGUCAAUAAUAUUCAAGUGUGCCGCGAUGGAUUUUUUAAACAAAGCUUAGUGUGUUGAAAGUGUCAGUUUUUAAAUUCUCUUGAAACCACUUGGAACUGAUAGAACAAGUGUCUUUUGUGAAAAUUUCAAUUGCCACAUAACAAGUGAAUUUAUUGAAUGAAUCAGUGUACAAAAGUCAGCACCGAAAAGUUUCAUAACGAAAAACAUGUUCGCCUAUAUAGUAGUGCCAAUCGUAAUAUUGUUAUUCAUCGUCGCAUUUGUACUUGUUUGCCAUUUUCGAUGUCGAAAACGAGUGACCACUCCCAAGAAAUUUGAAGAAGGAAAUCCGAGCAAAAUCAAUGCAACAAUGAAAUUUGAAGAGCAACUUGAUCUGCUGCCUUAUAAUGAACAUUACGAGUUUCCACCAAAAAAAUUGAUACUAGGUCAGCGGCUUGGAAAAGGCACGUUCGGAAUCGUAGUUGAAGCAAUGGCAAAAGAUAUUGUAACCCAUGAGAAGGAGAGCAAAGUUAUCGUUAAAAUGAUUAACGGUGUCCAUAAUAAAGAGCUCUUCAAAAUCGCAUCUCGAGAAUUGAAAAUAAUGGUUCAUUUGGCAAAACAUUUAAAUUUGGUAAAUUUAUUGGGUGCAGUGACCAAAAAACUAUCGAAACGCAAAUUGAUGGUUAUCGUUGAGUAUUGUCGGUUUGGUGAUCUUCGAACAUUCCUCAUGAAGCAUCGUACACAAUUCAUUGAUCAAAUCGUUUGUGGCGAAGAUGUUAUUGAUCCAACCAUAACAACAAAAUUUACUAUGCAGCAACGAAACCAUUCCUAUUCACAUUUUAAUAGAUGUGAAGAGGAUGAAAAUUCAAUUGCAAGCAAUAAUUCCGAUGACUCUAAUCCAAAUAGAGGCGGAACCAUUGACUCACGAACAACACUCUGUCCAAAUAAUUCUAAUUCAAAUGGAUCCUCAAAUAACUCGGAACAAUUGUUUACGUUUACAACAACCAAUUUACUUUGUUGGUCAUUUCAAAUUGCACGUGGAAUGCAGCAUUUGGCACUGCAAAAAAUCCUACACGGUCAUCUGUCUGCAAAGAAUGUUCUACUGUGCGAUAAUAAUGUGGUGAAAAUUGGUAACUUUGGUUCCGUGCGAUCAAUCUACGAAAUUGGCAAAUAUCUCGAAAAUCGACUGAUAAUGGCCCAAGAAAGUCCAAUGCCAUUUAAAUGGCUGUCUCCGGAGACGAUUGAAAAAUCAAUAUUUAGUACACCUUCUGAUGUGUGGUCGUUUGGUGUCGUUCUCUGGGAACUCUUUUCACUUGGUACAUUACCCUACAUGGGCGUUGAUGACCAUCAUGACUUACAUCGAAAACUAGUUAAUGGCUAUCGAUUGGAAAAACCACACCAUUCAACAACAACAAUAUAUAAUAUUAUGUUGUCGUGUUGGCGCAUGAAUGCCGAACUUCGUCCAACGUUCAAUGAUCUAGAAGAUAAAAUCUAUCGUUUGCUCGAGCGAAAUGUUGCAAACCAAUACAUCGAUCUGAAUGAACCAUACCUGAAGGCAAAUAUGAAUCCAUUACAUUCCGGCCAAAAAGAAUAUUUAAAGUUAUUGGAUAUGAAAUUGUCGUCAUCGGGCUAUGUUCAAAUAAACGGCACCAAGGGCACAUCGUCUGGUUACGUCGAUAUGAAGCCCAUUACAACAAAUAAUGCACAAGAUAGCAUUGUUUAGACUUUCUUACACUUUUCGGAUAUCAUAAGUAAAACUAAGAAAAGAAUAUUAUUUUAAAAGAAAAUUCGACUAAUUUGUGUAAAUGUCGAAAAUAAUUGAGAUUUGUGUAAAUGUCGAAAAUAAUUGAGAUUUUUAGACAAAUAAACUAGAAACCGAUUUUGAAAGUAGAAAA